GGUUUUUUUUUUUUUAGUUAGAAUUCAUUUCUGAACAAGAAGAAAAUCCAGGUCUGUGCCUUAGUGUUUUUGAAUGUAGCUCCAGGAGAGUGGAGCGCAUAAAAUGGUAAAGUUUAUAAAACGUCCCUAUAAACCCUUUGGUUAUAGGCCACAGUUCCCAACACGUCACCUUUCAGGGGGUCAGAGGCAGUGUGCUUCCAGUGGAAAAUUUUUAUAUUUGGAAUCACCUUCCCUGAGGACUAGCAAAAUCCUGUUCAUCUUCAAGGUGUCCCAUUCAUCUUUCUUAGAUUUUCUUUUGUAGACAUGCCCAGAGUAUUACAACAUUAUCAACAUUAUAUCAUUAUGAAACAGUAUAGGACACAUUUAGUUGAAAUUUAUAAACAGGAAAGAAAAAGCGUAUGAAAUAAGACAAAGAUAAUGGCUCUCUUUGUUAUACUGUGACUGUCUUAUUCCCCUCCUGGUGUGAAUUUCCGAUCAGCCAGGUAGAUGAGUGACUCAGAAAAUGAGUUAUUAGAUCGUGUUAAGGCCAGUGGGAUGCAGUGUGGUGCAGUGGGGAGAACACAGGCUUGUACUGCAUGUAGCAGCUGGGCCACGCGAGUCAAGGUCGCCUGGUGCCCUGUGUCCUCUAUAAUGUAAAACUAACAGUCACUCCACCUGCAGGCUUGUCUCGACCACUGAGAUACGCUCAGCCGUACCUGGCAUACAUAGGCCCUCAUACGGGUCAAAUUUCGGUCUAACAGGAGCUUUUUUUUUAAAUCACAUUGAUAGCUGUAAUAUUUUUCCAUGAAUAAUAUUGGAUAAACUGCUGCAAAACCAACCAACCAAAUCCAAAUCGAAUGGGCCCAUAGUUCAAAGGCUUGGUCAUCCUUUAAAGGCAUGUUGCAUUUCUUAAUUUUAGGAAUUAAGGUUUUCGAUUUGGAAGGGACUUUAGAGACCAUAGGCUCCACACCUCUGAUGAUGUAGAUUAAGAACGGAGACAUCCCAAAGGAAGCGAUUCUCGGGUCCGAGGUCUCUGCCUCCUUUCAUACCAAGGCUUGUAACUAAGUGGUCAGUCCCUGCCGUGUUUGUGUCUUCAGCCCGUUGCACUAGUGCUUCUGCCCCCGGUCCCGCACACUUGGCAGAGACUCGGUGAGCAUCUGUUCUGAGCAGUCCGGGGGGGCCUGUGUGUGUUUCCAGCUGCCCCGCUUUGCUACGGCCCUUGGCAGUGCUCAUGACCCCUCCAGCUGUGGCCCCUGGGAAGCCUGCCUUCCAGUGUUCUUCCCAUGUUUGCCAUUCCUGCUGGGCUCCUCUGGUAGAAACACCUCAGUGAUCUCUGUUCCCAUAACCGUGUCCCCUUGCAGUGCUGUCUUUGAUAGACGUUCUGCUGGCUCUUGCUCAGAAUUACCUUUGAGGACUUUUUUUCUUGAGAAGAGCAGCUCUGAGCCCUAGAGUAAGGAAAAGCCGGAGCGGCCUCAGUGCGUAGUAAAUACAUCAUGCUUGCCAGGCCAAGAAACAUUGAGAAAUUAAACAACUUCGGGAACUACAUUUCUACAAUUGUCUCUACUAGCCCACUUUGGACUGGACAGAUUUUGGAGAGAAUUGCCACAGAAUUUAACCAGCUACAGUUUCAUGCUGUUCAGAGCAAAGGCAUGCCUCUUCUGGACAAAGUAAGACCGCGUAUAGCUGGCAUUACGGCCAUGUUACAGCAGAGCCUGGAAGGCCUGCUGUUAGAAGGUCUUCAGACUUCCAAUGUUGAUAUAGUACGGCACUGCUUACGGACCUACGCCACGAUUGACAAGACGCGGGACGCAGAGGCAUUAGUUGGUCAAGUACUGGUGAAACCAUACAUGGAUGAGGUGAUCGUAGAGCAGAUUGUCGAGUCUCAUCCGAACGGCCUUCAGAUCAUGUAUGAUAAGCUCCUGGGGUUUGUUCCUCACCACUGCCGCCUUCUUCGAGAAGUCACAGGAGGAACCAUCUCAAGUGAAAAAGGCAAUACUGUUCCUGGAUAUGAUUUUUUGGUGAACUCUGUCUGGCCAGAGAUAGUACGAGGAUUAGAAGAAAAGUUGCCUUCUCUUUUUAAUCCUGGGAAUCCUGAUGCAUUUCACGAGAAAUACACCAUAAGUAUGGAUUUUGUGAGAGCAUUUGAACAGCAAUGUGGAUCACAGGCCAGUGUGAGAAGAUUAAGAGCACAUCCUGCCUAUCACAGCUUCAAUAAUAAGUGGAAUUUACCUGUUUAUUUUCAAAUAAGAUUCAGAGAAAUUGCAGGAUCCUUAGAAGCAGCACUUACAGAUGUACUGGAGGACGCUCCAGCUGGCAGUUCGUUUUGCCUCUUGGCUUCGCACAGGACGUGGGGCAGCCUGCAGAGGUGCUGGUCAGACGAGAUGUUCUUGCCGGUUCUGGUGCCUCGUCUGUGGAGGCUCACGCUGCAGGUCCUGGCUCGGUACUCCGUGUUCGUCAGUGAGCUUUUACUCAGGCCCAUCUCUAAUGAAAGUGCCAAGGAUAUUAAAAAGCUUUUGGUAACUGGUAGCAAAGACCCUUCAGUUACCCAAGGAAAUGGUGAAGACCAAGGAAGUGCCCCUUCGGAAACAAAGCCCGUGGUCUCCAUUUCCAGUACGCAACUUGUAUAUGUGGUCGCAGACCUGGACAAGCUUCAGGAGCAGCUUCCAGAACUCUUGGAAACAAUCAAGCCAAAACUUGAAAUGAUUGGCUUUAAGAAUUUUUCUUCUAUCUCAGCAGCCCUGGAGGACUCCCAGACGUCUCUGGCAGCCUGUGUUCCUGCUUUGAGUAACAGGAUCAUCCAAGACUUAAGUGAGUCUUGCUUCAGUUACCUGAAAAGUGCCCUGGAGGUCCCUAGGCUUUACCGAAGAACCAAUAAGGAGGUGCCAACAACAGCCUCCUCUUAUGUGGACAGUGCUCUGAAGCCAUUUGACCAGCUUCAGAGUGGGCACAAGGAUAAGCUCAAACGGGCAAUAAUUCAGCAGUGGCUAGAAGGCGCACUUUCUGAGAGCACUCAUAAGUAUUAUGAAACUGUGUCAGACGUUCUGAGCUCGGUGAGGAAAAUGGAGGAGAGCCUGAAAAGGCUGAAGCAAGCCAGGAAAAGCAGUCCCGCCAACCCCGUCGGUCCCAGUGGCGGCGGCAUGAGCGAUGAUGACAAAAUCAGGCUGCAGUUGGCCUUGGAUGUGGAGUACUUGGGAGAGCAGAUACAAAAGAUGGGCCUGGCAACAAAGGACAUAAAGAGUUUCCCCGCCCUCGCAGAGCUGGUCGCCGCCGCCAAGGACCAGGCAACGGCAGAACAGCCCUGAGCAUCUUGGAAGAGCCCGCGGGGAGAGGAGAGUUGGACGUCGAGCCCGAGGGGAAGAAAGUGGCUCUGUCCUCUUUCCAAGUCUCCGUGUUCCAGAAGUGCUUCCGCCGUGUCUCCAGCAACACGCCAAUGCAGCUACUCUCUGCCCACUUGGGUCCCCUGUCACCCAGAACAGAACACAGAAGCCUUUUUCCGUUGUACGGAAGAUUGUUUUUAAGACACUUCAAACUUUCUACUAUAGUUUAGAGAGCAAAUUAUUUUAUUUUUAUUGUAAAUCUUAGCGUGGAAGAGCCGAUUUCUACAAUAUGAUUAGAGUAAAUAGAGGCUACGGAAAGUAGGCCCCCUGGCCCUCAGUGGGAGGCGUGCACCUGCAGGGGUGAUCACGCUGGAGGGCUCGCCCUCCCCUACCGGGGCCGUGACCGUGCGCAGGGGACGCUCUGAGAGAGGCGGGGCAGGGGGGUGCUCCUCCGUUCUCCCACUGGGUGUUCAGUGAGAGUGCUUCCGGUCACGGCAUCGCUCCCGGCGGAGCUGGAACCAGGAGGCAAGACGUAUUCCUGAAUAAAAGACGUGUCUGCCAAAAGCGCGUGCGGUUUUUA